UCAGCGGCUUCGCUGCCGACGCGCGGAUUGGAGUUCGGGUGCGAAGGGGCUAUUGGGCAGCCCGGGCUGCGUUUUUGUCUUUCUCUCCAAGUAUUUGCUGAUUGGCUGAAAAGCUGAGCACCGCUCUCCCCGCUCGCAUAAAUUGCGAGCGGCGGCUUCGUCCGUCGGCGGCGCGGUGGGUGCACUUCAGGAAGGAAUUUGUCACUCGAGAACUUGUCUCCAGUCAUAAGCCCAUGGCUUCCGCCGCACAGCGCAGUUGCAUUUGGAUGUUGGUCCUGGGAGCGUGCGUGUCCCCGGCGGUCGGAGCCCAAUGCGCGAAGGAGUGCGCGCUCUGCGUCUACCGCCUGCUCGGACAGCACGCGGCCUUCUCCGCUUUGACAUGCUCGCUUGAGUGUGAUGGUGAGGUGGACCGUGAGAAGCUCCGCCUCUGCUGGGACAUCCUACUAGAGGGAGGAAAUCCUAUUCCUUCGGAUGGGGACCUACGGCCACAAGAAGAACCGGAAGCAGCCGGCCUCAUUCCGAGCAAUGACCGAGAUGCGAUGUCAGCGGGACACCGGCUGGCCAAGAAAUACGGUGGCUUUAUGAAGCGCUACGGGGGCUUCAUGUCUCGCCGCUCGUUUUCUGAAGGCUUGCCAGAUGAUUCCGCAAAGCGAGAUGAGGAAGAAAAAAUCCGUCUCGAAAUCCUGAAGGUUCUGAAUACGGUGCCCGAGCAGAGCAGAGAGGGGGGCGAUGAGGAUGGCGAACAAGGGGGAGAUGACGCGCGAGAUGACGGGCGAAAUCCGGGCGAUCUGCUGGAGGCGGUGUUAGAUCGCGGCUUGAGGAAGCGUUACGGAGGCUUCAUGAGGCGGGUGGGCAGGCCCGAGUGGCUGGUGGACGGCAACAAGAAUGGGGGAGUAUCAAAGCGCGGGUGGCAAAAUGGCGAGCUUCACAAAAGGUAUGGGGGCUUCAUGGACUAGGAGGACUCAACCCCACAAAGCCCCCUUCACUUCUGGCUCCUCGAAUCCCAUCUCAUCAAGCUUCCACCACCUUCUGGCUUUGUAGAAAGCCGACUUCGUUGCUUCAGUGGCUCCAGUGGUGACAUGAAAUAUAUGCAUUCUGUCAAAAUCGAUAUCUGCCUGUUUUCAAGUUGAAGACAUUAUUUAUUAAAAUACUGUGUUGAUUGAA